AUGGCCGAAUACUUUGAGACCGAGACCCAGCUGUCCGAGCUGAAGAGGUGCGUCGACCGCCACGCCAGCGCCCUCGACCACCCCACGCUCCCGUCCCAGGAGUCCAUCCAGGCGGCGGAGGCGUCGCUCCCCUCGAGCCAGUCGGCGUCGUACCUCGCCGGCGCGCCCGCUGAGGCCGUCGUCGGCCACAUCACGAGGGACAUCCUGCCCGCGCUCAACGGGCAGGGCCGCUCGGGGCGGUACUACGGCUUCGUGACGGGGGGCGCCCUCCCCGUCUCGCAGUGGGCCGACGGCGUCGUCUCCCACAUGGACCAGAACGUCCAGGUCCACCUCCCCGCACAGACGGUGGCGACGGCGGUCGAGGACAAGGCCCUCGAGAUGCUCGCGUCGCUGCUCCGCCUGGGGGACGGGUGGCCGGGAAGGACGCUGACCACGGGCGCCACGGGGAGCAACGUGCUCGGCCUGGCCUGCGGGCGGGAGGCCGUGCUCGCGAGGCGGCUGGGUGACGGGGCCCCGGCGGUGGGCGAGCUCGGCAUCCUGGGGGCGUGCGUCAGGGCGGGCGUGGAGGAGAUCCAGGUGCUCACGAGCGCGGGCCACAGCUCCCUGUCAAAGGCGGCGAGCGUCGUCGGCCUGGGGAGGCAGUCCGUCAAGGAGCUGCGGCUGUCUGACGAGGAGCCGUGGCGGCUUGACUUUGACGCGCUGGAGGAGCACUUGAAGAGACCUCGUACGGCGAGCAUCAUUGCCAUCAGUGCGGGCGAGGUGAACACGGGACGGUACGGGACUUAUGGCCUGGAGGAGAUGAAGAGGGUCAGGGCUCUUGCUGACCAGUACGGAGCUUGGAUUCAUGUGGAUGGAGCCUUUGGUAUCUUCGCCCGAGUGUUGGAAGCCAACGACGAAUACAAGCUCCUGCAUGAACGAGUGGCUGGACUGGAAUUGGCCGACAGUAUCACAGUGGACGGUCACAAGGUCCUGAAUGUGCCGUAUGACUGUGGCAUGUUCUUCACCCGCUCGCUAUCUACACUCCAGAAUGUCUUCGUGAACCCAAACGCCGCCUAUCUCGCCUCCUCGUCCGCGGCCACGAUCCCGUCCCCCCUGAACGUCGGCCUCGAGAACUCGCGCCGCUUCCGGGCGCUCCCCGCCUACGCCGCCCUCCUCAGCGAGGGGCGCCCCGGCUUCGCCAAGCUCGUGUCCAACAUGGUCCAGCUCUCGCGCAGGCUGGCCGCCUUCCUCCGCGACUCGGGCGACUACGAGCUGCUCCCCAACGCGGACCUUGACGAGGUGUUCAUCAUCGUCCUCUUCCGCGCCAGGGACCCGGAGCUCAACGCCAGGCUCGUCGAGGAGAUCAACCGGACCAGGCAGAUGUACGUGAGCGGGACGGCCUGGAAGGGCGAGAAAGCCGUGCGGGUCGCCGUGUCGAACUGGAAGGUGGACGUCGAGCGGGACUUCAAGGUCGUCACGGCGAUUCUCGCCGCGGUUGCCGAGGGCCGUUCGUUUGAUAUCGCCAGCCUCGAGUGA